AUGGCUGCUCAAAAGAAAGCCUCGACUAAGAAGGUCGAGAAGAACACAACCCUCUCCCCUCAGUUGCUCGGUGCGAUCGCAUCAUUCCUUGCUCAAAAUGGAUUCUCAUCUACAAGCGCCACCUUCACCGAGGAAUUGAAGAAGAACGGAUGUUCAAAUGUGGAAAAAAAGGCAGCGCCGUCUUUGAUUGAAGUCUUCCAGGCUUGGGGGAAGACUUCCAGUGGCUCGGACAGCAGCUCUGAGAGUGACAGCAGCGACAGUGAGAGUGACAGCGACGCUAGCACAUCGUCAUCUUCCUCCUCGUCCUCUUCCUCCUCCGCUUCUUCUUCUUCCUCGUCCUCGUCCUCGAGCUCCGACAGUGACGCUGACGAUGAGAGCGACAACCAGACGAAGGCCGUUUCAGCGUCUCCUGCCCCAGCGGCCAAGGCGUCGAAGGGACUGAAACGCAAGGCAGAGUCUAGCAGCUCCUCUUCCGACUCGAGCUCCGAUUCCGAGUCUGACAACGAGCCCCCAAAGACGAAGAAAGUCAAGGUCUCGAAGGCAGAAUCGUCUUCCAGCAGCAGCUCCGAGUCGUCAUCCGAUUCCGAAUCCAGUGACUCAAGCUCGAGCUCUGAGUCCUCGGAUUCGUCUGAUUCCGAGGAGGAGAAGGUGACCCAGAAGUCUGGCGCAAAGGAUGAGAAGAAGUCUGCAACCACUUCUUCAUCUGAAGCCUCAAGCUCAAGCAGCUCAGACUCCGACUCCGACAGCAGUUCAGAGAGCUCUGAUGAGGAAAAGACCGGUGGUGUCGCUGUUUCGAACGACUCCUCCGAUACUAGCGCGACCAUGUCUGCGUCUCCUGCCGCUGAGAGCAACUCUGCGAACAAGGCGACCAAGAAGAAGCACGAAGGAGCCCGUCCUACCCCUCUUGCCGCCCUGAGUCAACAACCCUACGAGGCCAUCUCCAACGAAUAUGUGCCCUACGCAUACGCCGAACGGGCCUAUGCCGAUCUUUCCGUCACCCGUGGCAAAGGAUUCACCAAGGAAAAGAACAAGAAGAAGCGCGGAUCCUACCGAGGCGGUCCUAUCGAUAUCUCAGGGGGCAAGUCUUUCAAGUUUGAUGAUUAA